AUGGAGUCUGCAGACGCACUCAUGGAGGAGCAAAAGCUCAUGGCCGAGGCCAAAUAUCGUAAUUAUAUGACGAACAUAGACAAGGCACUGCGCAAUUUUGAGUACUCCAGCGAGUGGGCGGAUUUGAUAUCGGCCCUAGGCAAACUAAGCAAGGCCAUAUCAAGCAAUACCCAAUAUCAGGUCAUACCCAGACGACUGAAGAUUGCUAAACGUCUGGCUCAAUGUAUGCAUCCAGCCUUGCCAUCGGGUGUCCAUCUCAAGGCCCUAGAAACCUAUUCGGUGAUAUUUAGUAAAACUGGUCCAGAGAGGCUUGCCACUGAGUUCAUUUAUAGCGCUGGUCUUUUUCCACUAUUGGGCUAUGCCGCCAUGAAUGUACGACCUGCCCUGCUGGCAAUUUAUGAGACUUACUUUGUUCCAUUGGGCGAUAAGCUGCGUCCCGCUUUGAGCGGUUUUCUCAAUGGUGUGCUGCCUGGCUAUGAUUGUGGUCUGGAUCAUUUUGAGCGGAUCAGUGUAUUGUUGAAGCAGGUCUGCAAUGCAGUCAAUCCCAUGCACUUCUAUACAGUACUCUGGGAAUCGGUGGCCAAUAAUGCUGCAAUACGCUUGCCCGCUAUUACCUAUGUCCUGGAGCAUUUUAAUAAGCGUCUGGAUAUGCAAGAGCAAAUCUAUAUUAUGGGUCACAACCAUGAGAUUAUGAUGUCGGCCUUGUGCGCCUGUCUAAAUGAUUCACUGAUUCUGGUGCAGCGGAAUACAUUGGAGUUUCUUUUGCUAGGCUUUCCCAUGCAUACAAUAUUGCUGGGUGAAGAUGAUCUGGUGAAAUUGGUGACGAAUGGCUUGAAUACCAUACUGAGACGUGAUAUGUCCCUGAAUAGACGACUCUUUAGUUGGCUAUUGGGUAGUGAGGUAGCCAAGAAUUCACCCACCUAUGACACCUUAUCGCUAGAUACAGCCGGAGCAGGGCAUCCUGAUGAUGAGCCCGAGCCAUAUUUUGUGAAACAUUCGCGGAAUAUACUGAUCAAAGCAUUAAUAAUCACUCUGAGACUAAGUUUGGAGUGUGCUCCCAUGGACUUGAAACCAUAUAGAAUAAUGCUAUCGCUGCUCGAUAAGGCAGAGAUUGGCAGUGCUGUGCUGGAUUAUGUCCUGCACGAUAUCAUACGCACCAUGUACAUCUCCAGUGGCAAUGCAGAGGCUUUAAAGUCUGCAAAUCUUCUAUUUGCCACUUUCGAUCCGGCCUAUAUCUGGAGUUAUAUGACAAAUAUUUUUGAACGUGCCUGCAAGCAGGCCGAUUGCCAUCAAUCGGCUAAUCCAGGCAGCGGAUCAGGUGCAGCAGCAGAAACUAGCGAAACAAGUAAAUAUGCUUGUGAGGUGGGUUCUGGUGAUCCAUGUGUAGAGGAGAUUUGCGUUCUCACAGAAUUUCUGCUGGAAACUGUUUCUUUGGAAAUGUACACCGAUACCACACGGGUCUAUCUGCCUAAAGUAUUUCUGGUUAUUACCCAAUUGCUGUCACUUCAUAUGGAUCAAUUGACCAGUAAUGAAAUUACUGCAUCCCUGAAGCUCUGCAUGAAGAUUGUGUCCCGAGUGCAGCCCAUGAUCACUAGCCCCAUCAAAUUAAACAAACUGGUUGAACACUGUGGAGGUCCUGAAACUUUUCGAUCGGAUGAAAAGAUUCCCUUAUCUUCAGUAACUGGCAAAGAUUCCGAAAACAUUACAAACAGUAGCUCCUUGGAGAAAAGUAAAUCGGAUUCGCGUCUCAAUCAAUUCGCCGAGAAUUCGCUCAACAGUGCAGAGCCAAAUGAUGAAGAGCUAAUCAGGAGAUCAGCAUCUAAUCAGAGCGUUGGUCGUCAAAGUCCCAGUAAAAAGAAGGCAAAAUCUUUUUCACGUCUCAGUGAAUUAGAUAAAGAUAUAAAUGCCUCCGAUACGGGUCAGCAGUCAUCAUCAGAUCUGGAUACUCCCAGAAGCAUUAAGAAGAUCAAGGCAAAAGCAAAGGUUCCCUUUAUACGCAGCAGCCCCAAAAAACAGAGGCCCAAAGAUAUUGUAUUGGCCCCACAACCUGUUGCUUCUCCUGCCGUUGAGGAAGGUGAGCCCAAAAGCGCUCCACCCACAGAGCAGUCGCCGCAAUUCCAACUUCAUCUUCUUGACGAGGAGACCAAGGCCACCCAGCAACGUGGAUUUUCGAUAUUGGAGAAAUGUAUACGUCAAUAUGAGAUCUUUUUCGAAGUUUAUUUGUCUCGCAAAUUGCUGAAAAUCGAAGCCUCAGAUGCUCCCGUCAAUGAAUGCUCGGUUAAGGUCCAAGUCCAACGUACUGUAAGCAAUUCCUCACACACGUCCAGUAUGUUUCUUGUGGAACAGGUGCUAGAGCAUCAUUGCCCGAAUCGUAUGUCACAAAUCGAACGACUCUUUGGACUGCUCCGAGUGGAUGUGGUGCCACGUUCGAAACAAUUGCAACGUCUUCUUAAUCGCUCACUGCCUUUGGCCAGUGCCAGUGAACUGAGCAGCGAUAGUGAGGCUACCGAAGAGAAGCAAAACGAAAGAUUGCCCAUCGAUAAUCAGACGCAACGAUGUGUUCAACAAUUGGCCGAACUUCAGUUAAAUUCUGCCCAACGUAGAGCUAUCAAAUUGGCUGCCAGUCUUCUAGUUGAGAUGUCUACAUUUCCUAAUUGCAAUAAGCACAUUGUCUUGGAUAAAAGUGAGCCCGAGUUGCCCAAUUGGCUGAGAGUUUUGUGCCUGGUGGCUUGUUUUACCCAAAGCGAUAAGGAGCUGCAGGUGUCGGCCAUUACCACGCUUUUUGAUUUAAUUAGCUUGCUACGCUCUCAAAUAGAGCACACUACGAGCCCUGGCGUUACCUUUGUGGUAAUGUUGCCUCUACUGAAGUUUGGUCAUGUCAGCUAUUUGGAACAGGAGACGCGAGUUUUCCAACUUGUUGGCUCCAUACUCUGGGAUUAUCUGGGCACUCCCGCCGUAGAUGCUGCUCAGAUAGCAGCAUUACUUCAUCAAUUGCAUAGUUGCCUGGAAAGUGGACUUGUGGAGACGGUUAUAGGAAAUCGUAUGCAAGCCCAGCAUCUGCUUCAAGUUCCAGCUCAGCAGGCAAUCUUUGGCAAGGCGGCAUUACGGAAUUUUCAAAUGGAACGUCUUGCCGAUGCCAAGUUGCUGUGUCCCAGUGAGUCAAUAGACCGACUUAGGGAGAGUCAGGCUCGCAGCUUUAAGAAAUUCGAACUGCUCUGGCAUCUGGGCAGGGAGAAGCAGACAGUUUUCGAGAAAACUCUGCUAAAGGUGCUCGACACACUGGCUUUGCCGCAUUAUAUGUCUGAACGGAGCUUUGUCACAAAUUGGCUGCAGGCCUCGCUGCUACGCGGUGAUUUGGCUAGAGUAACCAAGCCUCUGUAUAAGAUCCUAUUGUCGGCCAGCUCCAAACGAGUAGGCAUUGUCCAUAUGCAGCAGUUGUAUCGUGAAGUGGAAACCGAAACUGCUCCCAGUUUUGAGCGGGAUGUCUAUGCCAUUAGUUCGGAGCAAGGCAAUGUAAAAUACCAUCAUAUGGAAACGGCUAGCACCGGCAAAAAGAAGAGUCCCAUACGUAAUCUGCCAAAGAAGAUUUUUGUUACUCUCAGUGGGGGAAAAUCAAAUAAAACGUCAAACUUUGUCAGCGACAAGACUGCAGUUAGUGAUGCCAAUCAACAGCAGCAGCAACAACAACAACAACAACAACAGCAGCAGCAGCAGCUGCAAGAUGUUAAUACGAUCGGUCUGAUUAUCAAUCCCCUUGAGAAUGCUCAUGAUUUCGAUGAUGAAACCGAUCUGGAAGAGCCACGCAUUGAGGUUUUGCACAAGACGAGUGCACCGCUGGAACAGAAAUUGGCCAGUGCGAUGAAUGAAAACGAAAGUGAGACGCAGGCACAGCCGGAAACAGAGCCUGAACAAGAACCGUCACUACAAUUCGACAAUGAUAUAACAGACAAUUCAGAGAGCACGGAUGACUUUGAAUCGGACUCGGAACUGCGUGCCACUAGCCUGGAGAAGGAAGAUAGCUCCAGUGAGAAGAUACCACGAUUCGUUGGCGAUGUCACUGAUGUUUUGCCCAAAAUCGAAGGCGUCAAGAGUUGUAAAACUUAUCGUUUGAUACGUGAAAAGACGCCUGGCGAUGGAGCCGAGCAGGAGCCGGAACAUGUGGAUGCCCUGCCAGCAGAUGAGUAUUUCCGAGAUGAUAAAAAGGUUGGCAAACGCAAGAAACUGUUGACCAGCAGCGAAAAGAAACGUUUGAGUUGCAUAUCCAAGACAUCCACGGAUAGCAAUCACAGCAUGUCGCAUGUCGAGGACACAGAGGCCACCGAACCGGAUGAGGAGUCUACCAUAAAUGUGGAGGAUAAGCGUCGUAAUCUUAGCCUGGAGACAAAUAAAGUGCAACCAGAUUGGCAGAAAACCAUUGAAAAAGGCAAACAAAAUGUAGAGAUCCUGCGACAGAAUGCAGCCGCUGCAGCAGCAGCAGCCGCCGCAGCUGCCGCCGCCGAGGAGCAAGUCAGUCUGAAGAGCAGCAGUUCACAUCAAUUGGCCGAUUCGGCACAUCUCUAUCACACGCAUUUUCUUCUCUACUUGGGCAUUUACGAUACCCGACAGACUUUGUAUGCUCUGCAGACGCUGAGAAAUAUCAUUUGCUGCGACAAGAGAACUUUCCUGUGUCUCUCGAUCACCACAUCCUUCUCAAGUGCCAGUCUGAAGCAAUUGCUCAUACGCCAUCGCAAGAGUAUAUCGGGCAAAGGAUUCAGUGGCAGUGUUGGUAGCUCAGAAUACGCUCAAGGCUAUCGCGGAUGCAUGCAACUGGAGCUGCUGGUCACUCUGUGUUUGUUCUAUGCACGAGGUUACUUCCAGCGCGAAUCUCUGGAUGCCCAGCGUCAGCCGCCGACAUUGCAGGACAUAGUGAAUAAUCGUAGUAUCCAGCUGGAGAGCAUAGAACUCUUGACAUUGAUUUGCUCCGAACUCAUAGAGAUUGUCAAGGGAAUGGGCAGGGGAUUGGCCUGUUAUAUAGCCGAUUUGCUAGCCCGUGCAAAGUUGCAAAAGGUGAUGCUACACUGCCUCAAUAGCUCCGUGUGUAGUUAUGCUCGUCGCAGCAGUAAUGCCCACUCAGCUGGUGGUAGCUAUGCGGAACAGGUUUUGGCCUUCAACGAUCCGCAGGAUGAUCAAUUGCAUGCAGAUUGCUUUCAACUGCAAUUGCUGCGUCUUCUGCUCGCCGUGAUAAGGCUGGAGCAUGAGGUACAUCAACUUCGGCAGGAUACACCGCCGACGGCAGCUGGCGAGGAUUCCGCUGGCAACGCCUCACCCACACGACUGUCCGAGGGAAUGGCGGCCAAUGUUAAAUAUUUGCCCAAUUGUCUCAUCAGUCAACAGCCAAUGUUCCUGGCCGCAGUUCUAGGUGCCCUGCAGCAGGAACGUUUGCGUCAUUUGCAUCGCAAUUGGACAGAUUUGGUGACAUCCUCGUUGAACUGCUUUACCUUUGGCUCCCUCACCAACAUUGUGAUCAGUGUGGUUCAUCAAUUGUGCAACAAUCUGGAUCGUUUGGGCAAGCUAACCCUUCACCAGCAGCGACAUUUUCCCCCGGACUAUGUGCUCUCUCAGUUGGAAGCGGUGACGAUAUUGUGUCACUACUGCCUGUUGGAUAAUACCCAGCAGACGGCUCUAUCGCAUCUUUUCAAUCAGGCUUAUCCACAGACAAGCUCCUCGGCCCAAAGUUCGAGCACGGGUCAACUUCUCAAUAGUAUUGUACACUCUUUCCUCUCGGCCAGUGAGUCGUCAACAACAGCGCCAGCGCCACGUAAUCCUCAAUUGCAGGCUGCUCGCAAUGCUGUGCUCUCACACCUGCCUCGCAUUAUGACCAGUGUGGCAGCCAUUUGGGAUAGUGAACUGGGCCAAUUGCGUCCAGUCCGUCAGCAACUGCUCGAGUUUCUAUCGCCCGUCUCACUGCAUCAUGGGGCGAAUUUCCUGGCUGCCAUUGCCGUUACUUGGCAACAGCGCGGAAAUAGUUACUCCAAUUCGUCAUGCAAUAAUUCAAUAGCCGAGCAAUUCCAACGCAAUUCCACACUGCAGGCAUGUCCCGCCCAGCUCUCAUUGGUCUCGCUAGUGUCCAGCAUCAGGGUAAUGCCAAUGGAUUCGUUUGUCCAGACGUUGCAUCAAGUGGUUAAAUCACCACCGCCAAUACAUAGACCACCAGCCCAUCUUAGCAUUGAGGUUAGCUCACUGGAGUUGUUCUAUUUCUAUAUGAAAUCUGCUCCGGCGCCACAACUAGCCGAUGCCUGGAGUCCGCUGUUAGUUCUUAUACGGGAUGGCCUUAAUCUCACGCCGCCGGCCCAAUUUGCCUUGCUGAUGUUGCUCAAUGAGUUUGCGCAGCGGUGUCCCCAAAUGCCGUUCCAGGACAAGAAGGAGGUUCGCGAACUGCAUGAUGUGACGUCACGACUUGUGGACUCGCUGUCGAGUGUGGCCGGAGCCUGCCUGGAGCAGACCACAUGGCUGCGACGUAAUCUUGCCGUGAAAGAGGAUACCGAUGGCAUGGCCAAGGACAACUCUUUGGGCGGAGGCAUUCAACAGUACUCGCUGCAGGCACAGAGUGUCUUAGCGGGAAUUCUCUCCAAUCUUUUGGACGUGGCCUAUGGAUCACAGGAGAAGGACAAAGUGGUUACCAUUGUGACCACAUUGCUUUAUAAUAUAACCCCCUAUCUGAAGAAUCAUACGGCCCGGAAUGUGCCAUUCUUUUAUGCCUGCUCCGCAUUGCUGGCCAGUUUGAGUGGCUUUCAGUAUACAAGAAAAGCCUGGCGAAAGGAUAUGCUGGAUUUGCUACUAGAUAAUGCCUUCUUUCAAAUGCACAUCUCAUGCCUAUCCUUCUGGCGUCAGAUUAUGGACAGCCUGAUGACCUAUGACAAUACAACAUUCCGUGAACUUAUGACCAGGGUGUCACUCUCUCAGGCAGGAAGUCUCAAUAUAUUUGCCUCAAGGGAUCAGGAAUACGAACUGAGAGCAAUGCUGCUCAAGCGUCUGGCCUUUGUGAUAUAUUGCAGUGAGUUCGAUCAACACAACAAAUACAUGCCAGACAUACAGGAACAAUUGGCCAAUAGUUUGCGUCUGGUGCCAUUGGGUCCUUCUGUGCAGGCCGCAGUCUUCUUGUGUUUCCGUGUUUUACUUCUUCGCAUGUCUCCAGACCAUGUCACGUCAUUGUGGCCCAUAAUCAUAGCCGAGAUGGUGCAAGUUUUCUUGCAAAUGGAACAAGAACUCAAGGGAGAGAACGAUAGCGCCAGCCAACAAUCGCGAGCCAUUGCAGGUACCGAUGCGUCUUGGUCUUCCAAUUUGGGUGCCAGCAAUGGUCUAAAUGCACAGACAGUAAUGCAACAUUGGCGUUCGGUACAAUUGGAGGCUUGCAAGCUAUUGGAAUUGGGCUGUGUCCUGCCCGCCACUAAGUUGCCACAUUUUCAAAUGUACCGCUGGGCAUUUGUGGGCACCGAAUUCGAUGCACAUGAGGAGGAAGUCCGUUUACCCAAUGGCAGUAUGGAGAAUUUGGCCCAACUGCCCAGUGCUCUGUAUGUGCCGCAUGUAAGACGCGUGGCUCGACUCAUGGACAUGAAAUACACUAGCCAGUCACCACUUCUUCAACGUCCACGAAAUCGUCACUUGAUGCUUCAUUUCCAGCAAUUGCAAUCCCUGCAAGAGCUUUAUGCCUUCUUCACCACAUUAGGCAUCGCUUGCCCACAGCCGCAGAAUUUCGCUGACACAGAGCUCGAUGUGAGCAAUUGUUUGCAAGAGAUCGAAGAUGUGUUGGCCCAUGAUUUUCUUGAGAAAUUACCCAGCAUCACGACGCCUAGAUGAAAACUGGCCACAGCCUACAGGCAGACAACGCAACAAAUGACGACGACAAUGAUGAUGAGCAAAUCUCAAAUCGAGUUGGAACUUAAUCUGGGUGGUAGACAUGAAUCUGGUAUCAAUCAGGGUCAACCAGCGCGCAUUUUUGCUGCUGUUCAAGCGAAACUUACCACAACAACCACAACAAAUGCCGAAACGAGCUUCAUGCAGACCAACAAUAAUAAGAAGACCAACUUUCCAUUCUAUGUCUAAGUUACAAAAAAAAAAAAAAAAGAAAAAAGUAAAAUCCCCAAGCAAAGUAUGAUAUCAAUAUAGUUAGCUAGAUAAAGGUAUAUAUGUAUACAUCUAUGUGAAUGUAGUGUGAUUAAUCGUUUUAAAUGUUUAGCCUAUAUAGCAUUAAUAAUAUUUAGAAGAGUCCCCUCUGUAUGUAAUUGUACUAUACGUCUGAAUGUACUAUAUCUAUAUGUAAAACUUACAACUGUUGAUCGAUGCGAAUAAUAUAACGAUGAAUGAGCGCAAUGUGUUUAACAAUGA